GCCCGACAUGAGGCCGCCCAGGGAGCCUGUCUGUCUGUCUGUCUGUCUGCUGGACGGGUUCCCGGUUAGUCUUGACUGUCUGGCGCUGAGGGAGGAUGAAGCUGGUCUCGGAGCAGCGGGAUGAGGAUCCAGACCUCCAGCUCCUUAUGGCUGUAUAUGAUGAGAACAUCCUGAAGAAUCAUUUCUACGUGGCGUUGGAGAAGCAGAGACCGGACCUCUGCAGCCGAGUGGCAGAGCUCCACGGCAUCGUUCUGGUGCCUUGUUGCGGAAGUUUGGCCGUCAGCAGCUUCUCCGACUCUCAGUUCGACAGCUAUGUCCUGCAGCCUGUGGAGGACGGAUACCACACCGUGGAUGGAAAGGAGGUCAGGAUCCAGGACAGGCAGGUCCUGCUGGGGUCCGGCUUCCCGGCUCCGGCGUCGGUCCCCAUCCUGUUUGAGGAAACCUUCUACAACGACCGGGAGCAGAGCUACAGCAUCCUGUGCAUCUCCAGGCCCGUGGAGAUGGAGCCGAGUCCGGCGGAGGUCAGCCUGCCGCCCCCGUACUGCCUGAAGAGCGUGGAGGACGUCAGGGAGUUCCUGGGCCGCCACGCCCAGAAACUGGACAAAUUCAUCCAGGGCUUCUGUCAGGCCUUCAAAGAGACCGAGAGGAAGGGACUCCGACACCACAUAGACUCGGUGAACGGUCUUUACACUAAAUGUCUUCAGUGUCUGCUGAGAGACUCUCGUCUGAAACUUCUGGCGAAGCAGGAGCUUCAGAUGACUCUUCUCAAACAGGCGGUCGAGAUGUACGUUCAUCAUGGUAUCCAUGACUUAAUUUUUAACUUUGUGGGAACGCUUGAAGCCAGCCAGGACGCCGCCUUCAACAAAACCAGCAGGAGUCUGCAGGAGCUGCAGCAGAAAGAGCUGGGAGUCAAACCGGAGUUCAGUAUAAACUUGUCUCGGGCAAAGAGAGAGCUGAGUCAGCUCAACCAGCAGACCUCCCCGCUCCUCAAACUGCUCUGCCUGCGCCGAGUCGCCCUGACCGCCACCCAGACCCCCAGAGGCACCGUCUGUAUAGAAGCUGUGUGCGCGGACGACCUGCUCUCCGUCAUCCUCUACCUGCUGGUGAAGACAGAAAUCCCCAACUGGAUGGCCAACCUGAGCUACAUCAGGAACUUCUGCUUCAGCCACUCCAGUAAAGACGAGCUCAGCUACUGUCUGAGCACCUUCGAGGCUGCGGUGGAGUACAUCAACCUGGGGAAGCUGCAGGACACGCACACUGGCUCGGGGGAGCUGAACGACAAGGCCUUGUUCAAAGAGAGGAUGAGUCUGCUGACUCAGAGCACUGCCGCGCCCAUCCACUGUCUGUUUGAGCACAUAGCCAAUGGAAACGAAGCCGAGGUGCAACGUCUGCUGAGUGAAGGAGAGAGCAACGAGGACGUCAGGAUGUGUCAUCCCCUCUGCUCCUGUGACAUCUGUGACCUCCAGCUGUCUGGGUCAGCGUACACACACACACACGCACGCACACACACCUCUCUUAGACUCACUUGUUUUACUGGAAAUGAGACAAAGCUGCCUGCAUCAAGACUGCAUUCCAGGAAAUCAAAAUCAUAUGAGUUUUCUUUUCUCCUUGAGUGCUCAUUUCUUCAUUUUAAAUUUUUUUUGUUGUUGCAUCAGAGCGAGGGAAUCAGGAACGAAAAGCUGUUUGCUCUUUCACUUCCCCACCACACACACACACACACACACACACACACACACACACACACACACACACACACACACACACACACAGAGAGAGAGACACAGGAACUGCAGAUGAAUAGUAGUGUGUGUGUGUGUGUGUGUGUGUGUGUGUGUGUGUGUGUGUGUGCGGCAGGUCAGGCCAAGCUGAUCGACCUGCUGGUGUGUAAAGGAGCGCCGGUCAACGCCACAGACUACCACGCCCUCACACCGCUGCACCUGGCCUGCCAGAAGGGAUUCCAGGGAGUCACGCUGCUGCUGCUGCACUACAAGGCCAACCCGGACGCUCAGGACAACAACAGCAACACGCCGCUGCACCUGGCCUGCAUGUACGGACACGAGGACUGCGUGAAGGCGUUGGUGUACUACGACCACCAAACGUGCCGCCUGGACCUGCACAACGACAAAGGCGACACGGCGCUGCACAUGGCGGCCCGCUGGGGCUACGAGGGAAUCAUCCAGGUGCUGCUGGAGAACGGGGCGAGCACCGACCUCCUCAACAAGAGCAAAGACUCGCCGCUGCAGUGUGCGCUCAACUCAAAGAUCCUCGUGUUGCUGCAGUCGACUCAGAACGGCCGUCAGCGCAGCGGAGUCGAUUCUCCCAGUCGCUCCCCGCUGACGUCGGACUGCAGCAGCAGCCGCCGCUCCUCCGUCUCCAGCACCUCCUCCCUGGGCUCCGAGGCCAAACCGGAGGGAGAACGGGUACGACACAGAGAGGUGGAGAAGCUGCUGCGUGCCGUGGCGGACGGUGAUGUGGAGAUGGUGCGUUACCUGUUGGAGUGGAUGGACGAGGAAGAGGAGGACGAAGCGGAGCAUCGGUCCGAGGCUGUGCUCUGCCACCCGCUGUGUCAGUGUCCGAACUGCGCUCCCACUCAGAAGCUGUCCGUCCUGCAGGCCGGAGCUCUCGGGGUCAACAGCUGUAACGCUGAUGGUUUCACGCCGCUCCACGUCGCCGCCCUGCACGGCCACGCCGCGCUGGCCGCCCUGUUCGUCCGCCACGGAGCCAACGUCAACGCCCGCAACAACCAGAGCGCCACACCGCUGCACCUGGCCUGCCAGAACAGCCAUGUCCAGGUGAUGAGGUUUCUGCUCGAGUGCAACGCCAAACUGAACAAGAAGGAUCACUAUGGCAACACGCCUCUGAUACAGGCCUGUCUCUGUGGAAACCUGGAGACAGCCACCACCCUGUUACAGAGUAAUGCGUUGGUGAACGUGGCGAACCUUCAGGGGAACACGGCUCUCCAUGAGGCGGUGCGGGGCGGACACCAGGCGCUGGUGGAGCUGCUGCUGAGGGGCGGAGCCUCACCCGGCCUCAGGAACAAGAGGCAGAGGACGCCGCUGGACUGCGCCUAUGAGCUGGGCGGAAAGAACACGGAGAUCCUGAGAGCGCUGCAGACAGCGUCCGGGCUUUCUCCCGACGCUGAACCAAUCAAACUCCUCUCUGUGCCCAAAGGCGCUCUGGCUCAUUCGUUCGUCCAGCGCCUGCGGCUGCAGGAUCACGCCAACGGCCGGAGACAGAAGCUGGCCCAGUCCAUCAGCAGGAUGCAGCAGAUGAAGAAGGGUUCCUCUGGUCCUCCCUCCAGGUGUUCACCAAACCAGAACCAGGGGAAUCCGGACAGGCCGAGGUUGAGGCGCGGGGAGACGGUGGAGGUCAGCAGCCCCUCGGCGAGCCUCGCCGCCGGGCCCCGGCCGAGAGAGCGGCCCCUGGGUCGCUGUCACACCCUGGACUCGGGAGAACAAACGCCGGAGCCCACACGCGCUCCGGACACGCCCGAACACACUCCGCGAGAAGAGAGGGAUCGGACAGACGACGGGCACGCUGACGGAGACGACGCGCAGCCUGACGCCAGUAACACCCACUCCGCCGGUAGCGAGACCUCGCCGCCUUCGCCCGCCGAUGCACCGGCGCGGGGCGACAAUCCGUUUGAGCCCCGUCCCACGCACACUCCGACCGAUUCUUCCUGCGCUUCACGUGACUGCGCCGAGCGAGCCGACGCCACCGGCCAGAGUCUCCGCCCUCGGCACGGAGAGCCGGAGCCGUCCGACGAUCACGCCAACGACGAGGCUUUGCCGUCCGAGGACGCGGACGGAGACUCGGGUCCUUCCCGCCCCGCUGAGCUCUGCCCCGCAAUCCAGUCUGACGGAGGCGACCGGAGAGACGGGGACCGCACGGAGUCGAAUCCCGAAGGCUCCGACUGAAGUGGACGGAGACGUCGCGAGGAUUCGUACAGGGAGAUCAUAAAGGAGCACAAAACUGACUUUGCCACGAAAGUAACACAAACGCCAAAAAAAAAAAAAAGAGACUAAAAAGAAGCAAUGAGAGCACACGACUUGAGAUCGACUCCACGCGGCCGACCGUCGCUGCAGCCGUAGCGGUAGAAACUACACCGCCAAGUCGCGUUUCUGUGGGCUGACUUCUACUAAAACAGUUCCUCAACCGUUUUACAUUUUACAGAAACAUUUGCCAGCGUGGAAAAGUGCAAGCUCCUCCUCUCACCCGAGUUUAGAGCACUUUCUUCUUCUAGCCUUCACAGAAAGGGGGGAAAAAAAGGGAUGCAAACUGUCGUUUUAAUUUGCGUGAAUGUCGUUGAUUUAGUUUUUGAUUCAAGCCACCAGACUGUAGCUCUGACCUGCACCAGACUUCAUUUGAAAAACACCUUGUUUUACUUGAAUACUAGUUCGUCUUUUUUAGCGUUAUAAAUUUAUAAGUGAAUUUACAGUUUGGUUGGUUUUGCCUGUUUUCCCUGUUUAACAUUGUAGCCUACUCCACUUAUAUAUUUUUUAAUUAGGAUUCUUUUAAUUUUUAUCUAUGACUCUUUCUGACGGCAGUGUGUUCAGAGAGGUUCAGCUUCUCCUGAAUGGGAGAAUGUGUUUUUUUUUUGUCAAAGGAUCACACAGCUGUUUUUUUAAAAAUGUUUUUAUUCCAAGCACAGAUUGGUCAGCAGCGCUGAGUUGUUAAAGAGCAGAAGAAAACGUGCAAAACCACCAGAGAGAAGAAGAAUUCAAACUGAUUUAAUACAAAUAACAUUAUGAAACGUUUGCAGUACUGUAGAAUUGUCACCAUCAGCGUUACUGUUCACAAUAAUGUCCACUGUGUGUGUGUUUGAUUGUAGUGAGGACGAAGCGUCAGUUUAAACCGACUAGGGCUGGCUUAGAAUAGUCAAUCCUCCAUUUAAAAUCAAUCUUUGUGUGCGUGAUACAGGGCUGCGCAAUUUUAACGAAAUCGCAAUAUGAACUAGUGCAAUAUCCAAAUCGCAGAGGGGCGCAAUAUUUGUUAAAAGGCAAAAUAUGUGUCAAACCGUUCUAAAAUAAAGUAAUAUGGUGGUGCGGAGACGUCCCGGCCUACCAAUCGUAUCCUACAGACUACAGAAAACAUCUUUGUUUGGUACAGAUCCUCACAAAAAAAAUCACACUUCAUAUUUUAAUUUUUUAUAUUUUUCAGUGAAAAUGAGUGAUACAAAAACGACCAUUCCCUCCAAUAUCGUGAAUAAUUUCGCAAUCGCAAUAUCAGUCAAAAUAAUCGCAAUUAGAUAUUUUCCUAAUAUCGUGCAGCCCUAACGUGAUCCGAUUUUGAUUAAUAAAAUCUAGAAAUCUAUUUUUUUAAUACUUGCAUUUUCACAAUGGAUGUAUUAGCAAAAAGUUCUUUUAAACUAACUUUUUUUGGGGGUCAAUUCUUAUUGUAGACAUCAUUAUAAAGACAUUCAAGGGUUGCUUUUUGCUUGUACAAUUUACAGCAGAAGAUAUCUGAGAAUCUUUAAUAUCUAAGCAAAAUUAGCUUUAUGACUAAAAAUUGUCCUGUUACCUAACUGAUAUUGAAUCGGAAAUGCAAUCGAAUCGAUUCGGGAAAUCAUUGGCGAUACCUUCAGCCCUAAAACUGUGGGUCAGUGUUUUCACGGUCGACCGUCCGUUUUGUUUCCACUCUCCUUCGAUGUGUCUACUGUAUUUGAGAAACACACACACACACACACACACACACACACACGGAAAUAUUCACUGAGUCUCCAGCAAAGCAGCGUCUUUGUAACCUUUCAGUGUCUUAUUUAAGAUGGAAAGAUGUCAAACCCCAAUCAGAGGUCCUAAUUAUUUUUGUAUUCUUUUUUUUUUUUUAUUUAUUUUCAUGUUUGGAUGGUUUAAAAAUGGUGAAUGUGCCUUAUUUAAUUCACACUCAAAUAACCAAUAAUAAAGCUGGCAUUGAGACUA